AGUCAGCGGGAGGACGGAGGAGGAAGGCGACGGGACCGUCUGCGUCUGUCUUUGCAGGACGAAUCAUGGGAAUAAAACUUCAGAACUUCACCAGGAGUUUAAUAAAAAUCUGAUUUAACGCUUCAGAUAUGGGGAGGGGCGAGGACCGGACACGGGAGAGGAUCUUUGGUGGCUGUUUGUGACACUUUAAGUCAGUCCAGGUGUGGCUCUCCUACCUGAGGCUGCGGGUCUGACUGCGGAUCAUUUGAGAUAUAUAUUUUUUAACGUUAUUAGGACACUGUGUCGUGUUUGGAGCUCAAGAUGCCGGAGCUGAUCAGUGUGACUGAGUUUAUUGCGGAGACUAAUGAGGACUACAAAGCUCCGACCACCUCGAGCUUCACCACUCGGAUGUCUCACUGUAGGAACGCGGUGGCGGCUCUGGAGGAGGCUCUGGACGUGGACCGAUCGGUUCUGUACAAGAUCAAGAAGUCGGUGAAGGCCAUCAACACGUCUGGUCUGGCUCAUGUGGAAAAUGAGGAGCAGUACAUCCAGUCCAUGGAGAAAUUCGGAGACAACUUAGUUGGCAGGGAAGACACGGAGGUCGGCUCGGCCUUCCUCAAGUUUGCUGUUUUCACCAAAGAGUUGACGGGGCUCUUCAAAAACCUGAUGCAGAACAUGAACAACAUCAUCACCUUCCCUCUGGACAGUCUGCUGAAGGGAGACCUGAAAGGAGUGAAAGGGGAUCUGAAGAAGCCGUUCGACAAAGCCUGGAAGGAUUAUGAAACCAAGCUAGCGAAGAUUGAGAAAGAGAAGAGGGAGCACGCCAAGCAGCACGGGAUGAUUCGCACCGAGUUCAGUGGAGGAGAGAUCGCCGAGGAGAUGGAGAAGGAGAGGCGGCUCUUCCAGCUGCAGAUGUGCGAGUAUCUACUAAAAGUGAACGAGAUCAAAGUGAAGAAAGGGGCCGACUUCCUCCAGAACCUCAUCAAGUAUUUCCACGCUCAGUGCAAUUUUUUCCAGGACGGACUGAAGGCUGUGGAGAGUCUGAAACCCUCCGUAGAGAAACUGGCUACAGACCUGACGACGAUUAAGCAGACUCAAGAUGGAGAGAGGAAACAGCUGAGUCAGCUCCGAGACGUCCUGAAAGCUUCCCUGCAGUCUGAGCAGAAAGAGGACGCUCAAGCCAAACAGAAUGCAGGUUACAGCCUCCAUCAGCUGCAGGGCAACAAGGCUCACGGCACCGAACGCUCCGGAGUCCUCUACAAGAAAAGUGAGGGACUGAGGAAAGUUUGGCAGAAGAGGAAGUGCUCGGUGAAGAACGGUUUCCUGACCAUCUGCCACGGCACGGCUAACAGACCUCCAGCCAAACUCAACCUGCUCACCUGCCAGGUGAAGAGGAAUCCAGAGGAGAAGAAGAGCUUCGAUCUGUUCUCACAUGACCGAACGUACCACUUCCAAGCUGAGGAUGAAACCGAGUGUCAGAUCUGGGUGUCGGUGCUGCAGAACAGUAAAGAGGAGGCGCUGAACAAAGCGUUUAAAGGCGACCAGAACGAAGGCGAGAACAACAUCGUGCAGGAGCUAACCAAAGCCAUCGUAGGAGAGGUGAAGAGGAUGAGCGGCAACGACGGCUGCUGCGACUGUGGAGCUACUGCUCCCACCUGGCUAUCCACCAACCUCGGGGUGCUGAUCUGUAUCGAGUGCUCGGGGAUCCACAGGGAGAUGGGGGUCCACUACUCUAGGAUCCAGAGUCUAGACCUGGAUGUCCUAGGAACCUCCGAGCUGCUGUUGGCAAAGAAUGUGGGAAAUGCCAGCUUCAACGAGAUCAUGGAGGCAGAUCUGUCUGCGCAGAACGUCACCAAACCUAAUCCGACCAGUGACAUGCAGAUGAGGAAGGACUACAUCACAGCAAAGUACACAGAGAAGCGUUUCGCUCAGCGGCUUUGUGCUGAUGCUGCGUCCAGAGUGCAGGUUCUGUACGAAGCCGUCAGAAACAGAGAUAUCCUGUCUCUGAUCCAGGUCUACGCUGAGGGGGUGGACCUGAUGGAGGCCAGCCCACAGCCCAACGAACACGAACCUGGAGAGACGGUGCUACACCUGGCAGUCCGUAUGGGUGACAGAAACUCCCUCCACAUCGUUGACUUCCUCGCACAAAACAGUGGUAACCUGGACAAGCAGACGACCAGAGGAAGCACAGCGCUGCAUUACUGCUGUCUGACAGACAACAGCGAGUGUCUCAAACUGCUGCUGAGAGGAAAAGCUUCAGUGUCCAUCACGAAUGAAGCUGGAGAGACGCCACUGGACAUCGCUAAACGUCUCCGACACACUCACUGUGAAGAACUGCUGACUCAGGCUCAGACAGGAAAGUUUAACGUCCAUGUUCACGUCGAGUACGAGUGGCGUCUCCAGAAUGAGGACCUGGAUGAGAGUGAAGACGAGAUGGAGGACAAGCCCAUCCCUAACCGGCGUGAGGAGCGUCCAGUCAGCUGCUUCGUGGCGGGCAGCAGCCCCAUGCAGCCCAACCUGGCAGCAUUGGCCCGGGACGCUGCCUGCCUGGUGCGGGACAAACAGAGGCCUCAGGUCCCCAGUAUGAUGAUCAGCAACGAGACCUACGGCACCAUGCUGGACUUCAACCUGCCGCCACCGGGGCCAACACCCCCGCUGCCACCCAGAGCACCUAACAGAGGACAAAGCAAACCUGCUGUCAUGGAAACGGUAGGAAGACAGCGGUCGUCCUCUGACCCCCCCAACCCUCAAACCCCUGAGAGGAACUCGUCCAUGUAUGUGCUCCCAGUAGCUCCUCCUCCUCCAGUAAGCAAGAGGACCAGCAUGUUGGAGACCAAGACCCUGUCAGCCAGGAAUACCCCCCUCCCUCCUCUUCCUCCCCCACCAGCAGCAGGACUCCCCUCAGUCAUCCCACUGCCUCCAGUCCCACCAGCACCCACCAUCCCACCACCACCCCACUUCAAAGCUCCAAUCCUCCCUCCACCGGUCCCCAGUCACCAGACCAGCAGACCGCCGCCACCACCAGGACCCAAGUCCCCCAAAUCACCCACAGGAUCAGUGAAAGGUCCUCCACAAAGACCGCCUGUCAGGACUGCAUUUGCGGACAAACAAGGGUCACAGGCCAAAUCCCCUAAUAGUCCUUCUCCUCCAACACCCAAACCCAGAAGCACCUACUCUAAACAGAAGCCUCAGAGGGUGAAGGCCAUCUACAACUGUUCUGCUGAUAAUCCAGAUGAGUUGACGUUCUCUGAGGGGGAGGUGAUCGUGGUGGAGGGGGAGGAGGACAACGAGUGGUGGGUUGGACACAUUGAAGGAGCGCCUUCGAGGCGGGGAGUGUUUCCUGUCACCUUUGUUCACUUCAUCACAGAGUGACUUCAGGUGUGAACGGAGAUAAAUCCCACCUGUCUACUGUUCACUUCCCGUUCUCCACCAGCACAGCUCAGUCUGAAUGGAGACAUUAAGGACAAAGACUCGAAGUGAUCUUCCAGGAGGCUGGAGACGACCUGAGACCUGAGUCAGACUGCAACACCAAAUCACCUGAAACAAAACACCUUUUUGUUCCACCUGAGAGCUUCAUUCAGUCUCCUGUCAGAUGUUGUAAAUUUAAAACAUGAGAGGUCAAACCUGCAGGACCCACCUGUAACUCUACCUGUUUUGUCCGUGCCUUGUUCAAGCUCACAGAACUUUAUUUUAAAUUCUCAAAUGUGUCAGGCUGAAUUUGAGGGGAAUUUGUUUAAAAUGAUCCAGCAGAAUCUUAGAUUAUUAUUAUGUAUCAUAAAUUUGAAUAUUUCUCUGAAUGGAAACAUCAUAGAGCUUCACUUUUGGUCUAUUUUUGCUGGUUUAGCUGCUUAAAUCCAAUGAAAGGAAAUCUUAAUGCUCCGACAAACACUGAUACUUUACAAAACUGUGCUCUUUCAGUUUUGUGACAAACGUUUGCAUUUGUCUGUUUUGCUGCUUCAACAUUACAAUCCUCCCUGUGCACAGCUCCAUAAAAAUGGCUUUCCCAGUUUGGUAUGGAAGAGCUUGACUAGCAUGCACAGAGAGUCUUGACUUUAACCCCUCCAACAACUUUAGGAUGAACUGGAACACAGACUGUGAGCUCACUGAUGGUGUCUGAAUGGGAGCAGAUCCCUGCAGCAGGUUCAACAUAUCGAGGAAGGACUGAAACCAGGAGAGUGGAAGCUGUUAGAGCAGCACAUCAAUGAACAUGUUGCCACAGUCACAUAUUAAACUGUUACAUAUGGAGCUGUCCAUAUACUUUUGGCCAUGUCUUGUGUAUGCUCUUGUUAGACAGAGUCAGGGGAGUGCUCAGCUGCUGGUAUCAAACCUGAAUGUUAUCAUUACAAACGGGAUUUUGACUGGAAACACUGAUGGAAACGUGAAUUAAAAAAUAUUAUUUUAACAUGUUGGCUGAAGGGAAACUGUAUGACUGUCCGUGAGAGGAGCAUUAAAUAUGAACGUCCACAAUUUUAUUGUACUCUUAUUUUCUCAUGACACAUAGUGCCAUUAAAAGCAUCGAAAUCACUCCUUUAUCACACAGGCAAUGUGUAUUUUUAUUGAGCCAUCUAAUUUUACAGACAGACAAUGAUGCACUCACUCUACCUUUCCCUCUUUCUAUCUUUCCUUUUUAUUUUCACACUAUUUUUUGUCUUCAUGAUCCCUUAAUCCCCUUACUUUCCUUUCAUUUUUUUCCUCCAGGGCUUCAAAUAACAAUUAUUUUCAUCAUUCAGAGUCCAAAAUGAUGUAUUCAGAUGUCUAAUUUUGUUUGACCAAUAGUUCAAAAACUCAAAGAUAUUCAGUUUACUGUGAUAUUAAACAGAGAAAAUCCUCACAUUAGAGAAGCUUCAGCCAGAGGCUUGUUGGAGUUUUUGCUUCAUAAAUGAGUUGAACGAUUAAUCUGUUAUCAAAAUUGUUAGUAUGUUUGUGUUGAUCAAUUAAGCAAUU